GGGCGAGGGGCGCAGAAGGCGGCCAGUGCAGGGGGAUCCUGCCCUCGGGGGUGCGGGGUCGCAGAGGCCCCGGGCGGGGUGCAGGAGCGGGGCUCACAGCCGCGGCGCUCCGCCCUGCAGGACACCACCCCGGACGAGCUUCUGUCGGCUGUGUUGACCGCGGUUCUCCAGGACGUGAGGCUCAAGCCUGAGGCGCUGGGGGACAUCUCCGUGGGUAAUGUACUUCAGCCAGGAGCUGGGGCCAUCAUGGCACGCAUCGCCCAAUUUCUGAGUGACAUUCCAGAGACUGUCCCUUUGUCUACCAUCAAUAGACAGUGUUCCUCAGGGCUGCAGGCAGUGGCCAACAUUGCUGGUGGCAUCAGAAAUGGGUCUUAUGACAUUGGCAUGGCCUGUGGGGUGGAGUCCAUGUCCCUGUCUGAGAGAGGGAACCCUGGGAAUGUUUCUUCUCGCCUGCUGGAGAAUGAGAAGGCCAGAGAUUGCCUGAUUCCUAUGGGGAUAACCUCAGAGAACGUGGCUGAGCAGUUUGGCAUUUCACGGCAGAAGCAGGAUGCCUUCGCUCUGGCCUCCCAGCAGAAGGCAGCGAGAGCCCAGAGCAGGGGCUGUUUCCGAGCUGAGAUCGUUCCUGUGACAACCACCAUCCUUGAUGACAAGGGCAACAAGAAAACCGUCACUGUGUCCCAGGAUGAGGGUGUCCGCCCCAGCACCACCAUGGAGGGCCUGGCCAAGCUGAAGCCUGCCUUCAAGGAUGGAGGCUCUACCACAGCUGGAAACUCCAGUCAGGUGAGUGAUGGAGCAGCUGCCGUCCUGCUGGCCCGGAGAUCCAAGGCUGAAGAAUUGGGCCUGCCCAUCCUCGGGGUCCUGAGGUCCUAUGCAGUGGUUGGUGUCCCUCCUGACAUCAUGGGCAUCGGUCCUGCCUAUGCCAUCCCUGCAGCCUUGCAGAAAGCAGGCCUGACUGUGAAUGACAUAGACAUCUUUGAGAUCAAUGAGGCCUUUGCAAGUCAGGCCGUCUACUGUGUGGAGAAGCUGGGAAUCCCUGCAGAGAAAGUGAACCCCCUGGGGGGUGCAAUAGCCCUGGGCCACCCCCUGGGCUGCACCGGGGCAAGGCAGGUCGUCACACUGCUCAAUGAACUAAAGCGCCGUGGGAAACGGGCUUAUGGAGUGGUGUCCAUGUGCAUCGGGACGGGCAUGGGAGCCGCUGCUGUCUUUGAAUACCCUGGGAACUGAAGCCCUGGCUGCAGGCACUGCCCAGAGAGUCCAACAGUGACGGAACAGAGAGGGCCUCUACGGAAGCAUGGGACACCCAGCACUGGAGGGGUGUAUCACAGCACUUUAAUUUAGAAAAUGUGAUCACUGGUGGCGCAAAGAUGUGGGACUGUCCCGUCUAGUACCCCAAGCUGUGCUGAAGUGAGCAUGGGACACCAUGCGUACUCUGAGUCAUUGUGUACCUCUGAGGGACUGUGCCUUCUUUAUGGUGGGAUGGACAUAAUAAAUGUAUGUUGUCUCAUU